GAAGGAGGGAGGGUGAGGAGGAGGAGGAGGAGGAGGGGGGGGGGCUUUUGUCCCGAGAGGCGCGCAGCCAGGGCGGGGCACGCCGCCCCCGUCUUCGCGCGCGGGGCGGGGGGCCGCCAGCGGCUGGCGGCCAUUCUGGCGGAGGGGGUGCGCGCCCCUCGAGGGGCGCGGCGGCGGGGCCGUGCUGCCUCCAGGCCCUCAACCAUCCCGACAAUGAUCAUCCCCGACCCCUGGGUGCUCGUGCAGACUGCGAGCGCCGUUCAUGACGCGCAGUACGACUAG